UCGAACUUAUUCUGAAUAACUGUCGAUUGGAAUUUCAGGUAAAGACUAAACCAAACAUGGGUGACAUCUGUCAGCUAUUGAUUAAUACUGGUGGUGUUUCCAACAAGAGGAUCAUCAACAUCAAAAAGGACGCCUCGGUUGAAGAUUUGUUUGAGAUAGUUGCUAAGAACUACGGAAUCCACACUGACCAUUGCAGAAUUAUAUUCGCUGCAAAACAACUGGUAAUGAGAAACGGUAACAGAAAGAUGCUUCUGUCCGAUUACAAUCUGAUGGACAAAUCGGAACUCUUCAUUGUCUUCCGUCUGAAAGGAGGAUCAGGUAAAGUUUUCCCCAAAGACGUCGAACAGACAACGGAACGGGAUAUGAUUGCGUGGGAUGAUGAUCCUAAUAACCCACGCGCAAAAAUGCCAUGUGGACAUGCCAUCACAGCCGAUAGCUUGACAGCUUAUUGUGAGAUGGAGUUGAAAUCAGGGAAAAUAACAUUCCGCUGCCCUUACGGAGACGGCAAAGAGGUGUGUGGGAGAAUAUGGGAAUAUCCUCAAAUACGCCGUCUGGGUGUAUUGACCGACGCAGAAAAAAAGGAAUUUGAAACUAGACUAGCAAACAAUUAUCUAAACAAAGCGGUCGGAAUCCAACAAUGCCCGAAGUGUUUCUCAUUCUGCACGCCGAUAGAUUCUAAAACAAUUCGAUGUGUAUGUACCAUUUGUAAAAAAAAUGGAAAAUCAACCGAAUUCUGUUGGUACUGUCUAAGGAUUUGGAAUUCCAGAGGUACAAAACCGACUGCGGUAAUGUGUUAUGUACGAAAGAGGACCCACGGCUGAAGAUUCUCCGUGAAGCUCCACUGAAAGAGAUCGUCGGGCUGACUGGGUGCCCAUCAAUACGGGCUUGUCCGAAUUGCGGAUUAAUGAUCGAGCACGCUGGGGCUUGUAAACAAAUGGUUUGCAACCAAUGCCAGCAGAAAUUCUGUUUUAUAUGUUUGACUAAAGCUACUCCUACUGGAAAUUACCAGUGCGGAUCAUACAAAUCUCACUGUGCAAUUGCAGGAAUCCAGACAAUGACCGUCUAGGUGAGAAAGGACAGUUACUAACAUUUGAAAGGGAGAACCUGUGAUUAGUUGUCCUGGUAGAAGAUUACGAGGCGAAGCAAAAGUCAAAAGUAACAUUUUGGAGAAUUACAGUCCCCACCGGAAAUGAAAUCGGGUACCAAUGGAACUAAUUCUACAUCUGACCGUUUUGCAAACACAUUGAAUUCAUUUAAUAUGUCUGUAUUCAAUUGCGUUCAUACCACCGUAAACGCAAUAAAACGCCGUUCAAUGCAUAUAUUUAAGGGUUGUACCUCAUCAUUUUGACUGCUUAUACGGUAGUACAUGUUAUGUAUGUCCGCAUUUGGCAACGAACAUUUUCUAUGGUUAGCGCGUUAGCUAAUGAGGUACAAUCCUUACAUUUACAUCAAACAACUCAUUUAAAUACAGUACGAAGAAAAGAAAAUUCAGGACGUGUUGCGACGUUGGUAACUACGUCAGCAAUGGUUAGUAAGAUAAUAUAGUUCCAGCGAAUCUACGUAAAGACACCAGUAUUGUUAACAAAAUUAAAAGAAACAACUCAGCAUUUUUGUUUAAUACCUUAUACGUUUUUAAAUAAUUGAAAUAUUGACAACCACAAUUUACGUCUCGCAUUAACUAUGGUUGUCAAACAUAGCGGGUAUUAGACACAGAGUUAGUAGUGACGUGGUCGAUUGUUCUAUAGGAACUGUACGCUCCAUCCAUUUGUGUAAGUAUUCACUCAUUCCAUUUGCAUACCAUGUAAUUUGCAUGAAUAUUUGAAGCAUCACUGCUGACACCAGCAAUGGGACUUUCUGGAGGAUUUGGGGUGUUUUUACAUUGAAACAAAGUCAUCUGUUUUUAAUUGCAAGGUUUCUGGUUAAAAUAAUAAUAAAAAAUGGCAUUUAACUUUGAAAUUUAAAAACAAACUGCCCGAGAAAGUAUUCCUCAUCUGGAUCAGGUUGUUUUUGAAAAAGUCAACAACCAGUGAUGCUAUUAAAUCUACUAUUGUGUAACCCUUACAUUGAAAAUGGAGUAAAUAGGAAAAAAGUUUUAUUACAGAUAUUAAAAAACUAGUGAUUUUUGUUGUUGCAUUGAUAGUCUUUAAACUAUAUACAUGUAUUAAACUGAUCUAAUAAAUUGUCGGGGUCAGUUAUCAAACCACUAAAAUGAUAAGAAAAAAAAUUACUCAUUUCCGCAGUCUUCAGUUUAGUUUAUACACUCCAUUGGCAUUAGGUUAUUGUACGGAGAUCAUCGGGUAACAGGAGAAAACGCUAAAAUUGCGAAGAUCAAUCCUUUGAAAAUGGCGCCGUCUAGUUGACGUUCGUAACGUCACAAAGAGACGACGUCAUGAUUAUGUUACCGAUUCCCGCGCUCAUUAAUCCGCUGAGCCUUUUUUAACUGCUUUACGCUAAUUUCAACGCAGUCAGAGUUUACUAAGCUGAAGAAGGGAGAGAUGUAAAUAUGUUCAGGAAUAUCACUAAUUGUAGAAGGCGAUAUACCGGCAGGUCAAUACAUGUGAACCAUUACCCAAGGUAAGAGGGAUCAGUUCCCCAAGUAAGAUGAACCAAUCAAAACGAAAAAGAAAAAAA